ACAAACUGCAAUCUGACCACAGAAUCGGAAAAGAACGACAGCAAAGACAAGACCACAAUGGGACAGCGCCGGGUGAUUUCAUCAAAUUUAUCAGAAAUCCCUUACAAGACGUCCGACAGGAGUAGAAAAACGCAAUCGAUACUCAUUUAAGGACUAAUUGAAGUGGAACAGAUACACACAGAACGAGCCGAACGACGAAAAGUCAAUAGUUUUUCCUAAGGGAGGAAGUUUAUUGUGGCGAAGGAAAUAUAAUAGACCGGGUAAGCAGGGUGGGUCUACGGAAAGCAGCCAGAGCGGGGUACAGUCAGAAUACAAACUCACCCACCCAGCCAGACAUGGAGGAGUUCGGGUCAGCGUUGGAAAAGAAUGUGACCGAUUUAACGGUUAUGGACGUGUAUGACAUAGCCGCGGUAGUGGGCCAAGAGUUUGAGAGGAUCAUUGAUCAGUACGGCUGCGAGGCUCUGUCCAGGCUCAUGCCCAAAGUAGUGCGGGUGCUGGAAAUCGUGGAGGUGAUGGUCAGUAGGAACAGCAUCAGCCCGGAGACAGAUGAGCUGAGGCUGGAGCUGGAUAAACUACGCCUGGAGAGGAUGGACCGGCUGGAGAAAGAGAAGAAACACAAGAAGGAGUUGGAGCUGGUAGAAGAUGUAUGGCGAGGGGAGGCCCAGGACCUGUUGUCUCAGAUCGCUCAACUUCAGGAAGAGAACAAGACUCUUCUCACUAACAUGUCCAUCAAAGAUCCCAUGAGUGAAGAGGACAUACAGAGGCACGAAGGUAUGUCGGAGCGGGAGCGUCAGGUGAUGAAGAAGCUGAAGGAGGUAGUGGACAAGCAGAGAGACGAGAUCCGAGCCAAAGACCGCGAGCUCACGCUCAAGAAUGAGGACGUUGAGGCACUCCAGCAGCAGCAGUCUCGUCUGAUGAAGAUCAACCAUGACCUGCGCCAUAAGAUCUCUGUGGUGGAAGCUCAAGGGAAAGCCCUCAUCGAGCAGAAGGUGGAACUGGAGGCGGGAGCUCAGGCACGGGUACAGGAAAUGGGAGCACUCCGGCAGGAAGUUACACGUUUAAGGGAGCGACUGCAAGGAGACAUGCCCCCUCAGGGUCCAGAGGUGCCUCCUCCCCAGCUCCCAUCCCCUGCACAGCCUGGUAUUCCCUCCUCAGAGGCGGGGAUUCAGGGUGUGGGCUGGCCCGAACCAGACAGACACUACCCCCCAGAGCUGCGGUUGGGGCAUUACGAUCCCGCCCCGCGUCUCCCGUCCCUGGAUGCUGAUGAGGAUGUAGAGGAAGAGGCAGUGUUGCUAUGGGAGGCGAUGUGUGAUCAGGACACACCUGCUCUGUUUCAACAUUUUACCAAGGAGGCACUAUGUGAUGAGGAGGUGGACGGCCUGGACCAGAAGGAUCCCAACAGGCCCCGGUUCACACUACAGGAGCUGAGAGACGUUCUGCAUGAGAGGAACGAGCUCAAGUCCAAAGUGUUCGUGCUGCAGGAGGAGGUCGCCUACUACAAAAGUGAAGAGGUGGAGGAUGAGACCGGGCCUCCCACUCCUUCCCCAUCCCCCGAACAGCUGAGGGCACGGCCCCGACACAACGCGCAGCCUGAGUCAGGAAUCAAACGCCUGUUUAGCUUCUUCUCUCGUGACAAGAGGCGGAACUCCCAGCGGAAUGCACAGUUUGAUGACAGCUUCAGCUCGUGGGCGGGGAAUGAUGAGGUGUACACAGAACAGGCCCAGGAGGCUUUGCAGCACAUGUAGUGAUUGGACAGCGUUUGAUGAUGUCACUCAGAACUCUUUCCCUGUAACGUUGCAAUGCACUUAAAGGCAUCGUAAAGGUUAGCUUAUUGCACAGUACACACACCUACAGCUCAGCACAGCCAUCCACCUACUGAAAUACAUACUGACACUGAAAUACCAUCAGCUCUAAGUAACAGAGUCAUUCACCCAGCAUCUAGAGUAGUGAAACCUAACCACCCUGGCUUUGGCAGUAAAAUCCUUGCCUUGCCUUGGGACUGUGCUUAGUGUGCCUGCUGCAGCACAAUGGGAUUGUAUGACAUUUUUGCUUCUAAGUGACAGGAAUCACAGAGGUUUGAGGGUGAAGAGGAGCCUUUCUUUAUCCCAAAGUGAAACCCACCAGAAUUGAUGGAUGCUCAGAGCGGUUCCCUUUGUGAUAGAACAGGCAGGGAUACACUAGGCGUGUGAGAGACAGGCUUGGAAGGAUUGUGGAACGAGGUGACAGGAGAUCGAGAUAGAGGAACCACACGAGACACUCCAGAUAGAGAAUCAUGGGACACAGAAGAAGAAAGAGGAGAGUUCAAUCCAGUAAAGAAACCUUGAAGACAAGUGGGCAUGUUUUUUUAAAUGAUUCAAAUAAUGGUGGCAGUGCUGACCCAGAUGUAGUAGGCUCUGAACCAUCUUUAUACUCCCUUGGCCCUGAGCUAGACCCGUCAUGUCCUUAGAGGCAGCUCGAGGGCACUAUGGCUAGGCCCACCUCACCAGCUAAAAAGUGUGUGAACAGAUGUGGUGGUUUUUUACAGAUCGACCUUGCACAUAAAUUAAUACGUUACUGGGUGUUGAGAUGGGAUUGCCUAAUUUAAAGAAAAUGUUAUGGGUUUAUAUUUUUCCAGUGGUGAAUGAAGCACAGAAGGUUGUAGUUUUACAAUGUCUUAUGGAAAGACAGUAUUUUUGUUUUGGAAUUAUUUAACUAGAUACUGCUUUUUUGUUUUCAGGACUAGCCAAGUGGUGUACAUAUGAAGCAAGAGAGACAAAAAUAUGCAAGUUUGGCUAACUGUAUAUUUGAUAUAUACAUGUACAUUUUGAAUGGGUGCCAUGUUGGAACCAAAUGUGACAACACAAACUAAAAACACCAUUGAGAAUGCAAAUUUGAAUGUCAUUGUGGAAUAUUUGGUUUAAACAUGGAUGACAGUUUGCCAAACUCUGUGCUGUGGCUGCAAGAUGGUUUGUGAGAAGUAAAAUGGUUAGUGUGGAUGAGGGAGGUUCUUGAUAAUGAGUAGUCCUGACUUCAGCAGUCAGGCAGACAUAACGCCUCAGCCUCACUAUGCUAAGAGAUCAUUAAUACUAUUACUAUGACUGGACAACUUUUCAAUCAUUUAUUUUAUGAUGCAAGACACUUAAUCAAGGCGCAAAACUAGGGCAACACUUAUUUGUGACAAAAGGGAUUGAUAGUCGAGAAAGGUUAUAUCUUGUCUGGUGGCAACAUCUACACCAAAAUGUACACAAAGGGGAAAUAAAUACAGAAUCUAUCCAAACAAGGGAAGAUGAGGGAAGAUGUCAAUAUAUGCAAGACAUCCUCCUUUUGCAACAAACUUUAUGGACCCGCUUCACACCAAGUAGAUUUCUAUUGGAAGGAUUUUAAAUAUGAUAAAUGUCUCAGUUUUCAUACAGCUUGUUGCCUUUUUUUCAGAUAUGCAAACUCAAUAAAUAUGGUGAUCCCCA